UAAAUCAGUUCUCAGAUCAGUUUUAUUGCCGUUUUAAAUCACCCUAGCUUCCGUCUGAUCCGCGUCACUGGCUCUCUGCAACGAAACGGAACCUGUUUAAUAAAAAGCAGGCCAUUUCAGCUUGCGUUGUAUUUCACAUCAUUCCGUGUUUGUUCUCUGAGGUCUGUUAGCCUGUAUGCUAACCAGCUAGCAUCACUGCGACAGCUGCUUUACGGCAAACAGCUGAUCUGUGACAGAGCGGAAGCGGAAGAGAGAACAAACUGCGCAUCAGAAAAUCUGUGAGGCGCUAAGGAAUUGAUAUCGAUCAGUGAUAAAUAUCAGAAACAUAUCUGAUAAGAGAGGAGGAUGAGUCGAGCAGGCGCAGAACUGAGGAUUAUGUUCAGCCCGGGCCGCGUGCAGCUGGUUCAGGAGGAGGCUGUGGUCCCGGCUCCGAGGGUCCUGGUUACCGGGGCGACGGGUCUUCUGGGUCGAGCUGUCUGCAGCGAGUUUCAGAGCAGCGGCUGGUUUGUUAUCGGGACAGGUUACAGGAGAGCCAGACCCCGCCUCCUCCGCUGUGACCUCACAGACGAGGAUGUAGUCCGAGGACUACUGCACGAGUACAAGCCUGAUGUGAUCGUCCACUGUGCAGCUGAGAGACGUCCAGAUGUUGUGGAGAGACACACAGAAGCAGCUGUAAAUCUCAAUGUGCACGCCACGAGCACACUCGCCAAGGAGGCAGCUGUCUGCGGCGCGUUCUUCCUCUACAUCAGCACUGACUAUGUGUUUGACGGGAGGAAUCCUCCGUACGGAGAAGACGACAGUCCGAAUCCUCUGAACGUUUACGGACGCAGCAAACUGGAGGGAGAGAGAGAGACACUCAGACACUGUCCAGGUGCGGUGGUCCUGCGCGUGCCGGUUAUGUUUGGGGACGUGGAGUCGGUGUCAGAGAGCGCAGUGACGUCACUGUGGCUGAAAGUCCAGGAGGCGACUGAGAGCUGCACCCUGGACCACUGCCAGCAGAGGUUCCCCACCGACACCCGAGACGUCGCUGCUGUCUGCAGGAAACUGUCAGAGAGAGCGAGACAGGACCCAUCUAUCAGAGGAAUCUUUCAUUUCUCAGGUAAAGAGCAGAUGACCAAAUAUGAGAUGGCAGUCGCGAUCGCUCAGGCCUUCAACCUGCCCUCCAACCACCUCAUACCUCUGACGGAGCAGCCAGCAGCGUCGACUCUUCGUCCAAUCAACAGUCAGUUAAACUGUUCUCGUCUGGAGCUGCUGAACCUGAGCGUUGAACCGCGACCUUUCACCACCGCCAUCACCGACUGUCUGUGGCCGUUCACACCUGACAAACGCUGGAGACAGACAGUCUUCCACUGAUAGACAGACAGGUGGAGACAGGCAGACCGAGACAGUCCAUGAAAGGAAAUGUCUACCUGUCUUUAGCUGUGUCACACUUCAGGCUCCGCCCCCUGCAGACUAAUGACAUCAUAAUAAAUGAAGGUGUGAACCAAACCAGAGGCUCUGCUGAUAAACGAGUCUUUACCUGAAGAUGCGACCUGUCUUACGUAUCCCUCAAUCCUCUGAGUCAGGUGUUUGAUGAUGCGUUCAGGUACUCAACUUGUACAUUUAUUAACUGAUGAUGUCAGCAGGUGUCACUCAGGUAAAUCCAGCACCUGAAAUGGACCAAUGAAAACACACUGUCACACGUUUACUGUUCACCUGUUGAUUGACAGCAGUCUUAGGCCACGCCCAGCUGUGUGAGUGGAGCCUGAGGUGAGACACAUCAUGUGACAGAGCGAGACGGGUACUUCUGAGAGACAGACCGGUGGACCGACAAACGCUGAUGUACAGAUAUAUUUCCAAUAUAUGUAUGUAGUGAUUCCUCAUGAACCCUGAGUUCUGUCUGCAGGUUCAAGUUAUUAUCAAAUUAUUGUUGUACACAACAGGAGUGACUCCUGUUUGUAACAGUGUGAACAAACAGAAACCAACUUAAUAUAACAUACAGUAUACGCUUUACCGUCUGUGUCCUCCUGAGAUCCAGACUAAAGGUUUUCAUGUCUUUCACAUCAUCAAAGUCUUUGGUGUGUGUGGGUGGGUGUAUAGAUAUAUAGGUGUAGUUUGGUGUGUGUGGGUGGGUGUAUAGAUAUAUAGGUGUAGUUUGGUGUGAAUGAUGUCGUCAUUUAAAAUAAAAACAUGUUUUAACUACUGGUUUAUUUUUAAAAACAAAAAUCUGUCAUUCGGGUUUUAAGGCCUUUCUUGAAUUCGUCGACAUGACUUGAGGUCUAUGGCGUCCUAUAGAGGACAAACCUCAGCUGCUGGUUUCAGGAUGACAUUUAAUGUAAAGUCUGAAAAUUAGGCACAUAACUGAUUCUAUUGUAGUUGAUGUUGGCUUUUUGUCAGUGUAAAUGACUGUCAGCUGUUAACAUUAAACAUCUGAAACACUGAA